CUGCUCUGACCUGCACAUCACACAACUCAGACAGAAGAAAGGAUAGAGGAGUAGGAGAGGAGGGAGAGGGAGGAAAGGAGGAUGGCACAGAAGAGGAUGGUAGAGAAGAAGAUGGCGUCCAUCUUCUGGACUCUUCUACUACUGCUCAUCGGCCCAAGUCAGCAACAAGAUAUCAGUUUGGGACGCAGCGGUGCCCAGUGUGCAUGGAUGACCUCCGGGAGCCUGUGGCGCUGCCCUGUGAUCACAUGUUCUGCCUGGUCUGCGCAAAACAGUCCGUGGGGACUGGAACUAUGUACUGCCCCCUUUGCAAGCAGCCUGUGCCUGAUAACUACCGAAUUCAGCCUUCAGAGGAGAAACAGGCUCUGAUCUCUUGUUACAGCCACUUCAGGCAGCGCUGCAAUGCCUUCUUCAUUGCUCUGGUGUCCAGUGGGUGUUUCCGCCAUGACACUCCACCCAGCCGAGAGGUCAUUUGCCACCUCCUCUCAUUCCUCAUGGCGGACGCAGGGACAAUAACCACCACAAGUAAUAAGAGUGGCAUGCUGACGAAGGCUCUGUCUCCGUUUGAUGACGAAGUGGACAAGAACCCAGUAGUCCGCUCAGUGAUACUCAAACUUCUCCUGAAAUACAGUUUUGAAGAUGUGAAGGAGCACCUGCAGCAGCACCUGAUGGAUGUUGAGCACAGCAAGCUACUGGAGGAGUCUGACAAAUCAGAGCUUUACUCACUCUACAUCCACUGCUUUGAGGACUCCAUGUUUGAACAUAUGCAGUGGAAUUCAGAGAGAGAGAAGAAUGUAUGUCUUCAGGAGGAGGGUUCUUUCCUGCGCUACUUCCUCCAUGCACGGCCAGCAGACACUAUCACCAUUGAGAUACUGCAACAGCUUGCUCGCAUACGCCUCGCACUGGACACCGCAGGAGAACUCAUCACUCGUGCAUACACACCUACUG